UAUUUAAUAUUAAUGAGGACAGCUAAAGAGGGAGAAUAUCCAUAUUUUCAUCAUUUAAAAAACACGAUCGAUGAGAACACUCAAAAGCUCUUUGACAAGGAUAUCUUGAAUGAACAAGAAAGGAAGACAGCUGCCGAUCUUUAUAUUGAAUACAACAAAAAUAUAGCAGAUGUGAACAAGUUUUUAUUGCUUGAAUAUGCAGUGCUACAAAAUAAAGUAGAUAUUUAAUAUGAGAAUUAGAUCACCAAAUGUCUUAGGAAUCGUUGUUACGAUGAUAUUUUCAAAGAUAGACAAUCAAUCAGAUUUUGUGUGAUUGAAUGCACUUAAGGUUUGAAAGAUGCAGAUAAAUUUGUUUAGGAUUAAUUUUAAUUAUUGAAGGAUGAUUUCUAAGAAUGUAUGGAAAAGACGAAUACAGGAUAAUGGAUGAUUUCAGGUGUUUUCAAAUGUUAUCAUAAUAUGAAUGAAAGCUUUUCAUAAUUAAAAUUAAACAUUAGAGAGGAAUUCAAUUAUUAUUAAUGA